CCGCGGCGGCGGGGAGGCGGCCAUCUUGAUUCUCGGAUGGCAUGGCCCAGCUAGGAAAGUGCGCGACGACGAGAAAUGUAGUUAUUUCCUUAAUAUAAUAGGUUUAUUAAUACGGUAGCCGUCUGUGGUGUGAACGGGGAUUGUUGCGCCCGUCCGCGGGGCUUACGGGUAUUCCGCCAAAGGAAAGUUUCGCCGUACGACGAGACGAGAUGGAUGCGGUUAAGGCGUUUAACGCCGAGCUGUCGUCGUUGUACGAUGUUAAGCCACCGAUAUCCAAGGCCAAGAUGACAUCUCUUACUCGAGGUGCAAUCAAGGCCAUCAAGUUUUACAAGCACGUUGUUCAGAGUGUGGAAAAAUUCAUACAGAAAUGCAAACCGGAGUACAAAGUUCCAGGUCUAUACGUAAUUGAUUCGAUAGUUCGUCAGUCGCGGCACCAAUUUGGAGUUGAGAAGGAUGUGUUUGCUCCAAGGUUUGCUAAAAACAUGCAAACGACGUUUCUCAAUUUGCUGAAAUGCCCACCUGAGGACAAAAGUAAAGUAAUACGCGUCCUAAACCUGUGGCAGAAGAACGCAGUAUUUCAACCUGAAGUUAUUCAGCCGCUUUUUGAUCUUGCCGACCCUAAUCACCCCAUUCAUAAGGAACAGCCUCCCAACAGUAAUGGCACUCUCAAUGCUACAAAUGCUAGUAAUUUAAGCUCCAUAAGCGCAGUUACAAAAACACCACCUUCAGCAGUGAAAAACACACCUAAAGAUCAAAAGAUGUUUCCCUCAUCAAAGUCCAUUGAUCCAGCCUGGUUGGCGCAAACUAAAAUGGAAACUGCGAACAUAGCAAAUGCUAGUAAAAUGAUGGGUCAAGGUGGAACUAAUCAGGUUGAUGCGACGUUGUUAGCUCAGCUUCAGCACUUGCAGCAACUGUUACUGAAGAAACAGGAAGCAGCUACUGUUAACGAGAACCAGUCAUUGGUAAAAUUUGACAAGAAACUUCUCGACUUUGAUUACGACGAAGAAGAAGAUGACGAUGGGAUCAUGGGCAGUUCACCUGUAGCCAUGCAAUCAAACGUAGGUCAACACAAUUCCGGACCAGCUGGUGGGAGCCUUGAAGGAUUGGGAACUCUGCUUACAAAUCCUGAGGUCCUCAAACAGUUGCAGACAUUACAGCAAACGAUGCAGAGUGGCAAUGCAGCUGCAACGCAGCACGAAAUGGAGGAAAAACGGCGCAAGUUACAACAAAUGAAACAGCAAGAAGAUGAAUUCGAUAAACACUUAGCACAAACAGUUCCCAGUUUACCGUUUGCCUCUGAAUGUGAAUUGAAGCCCUCCGAUGUUCUUAAGCCAUCGCAGCAAAGUGGAAUUUACAAUGCUGCAGCAAAUAUCAACAUGAAUGCUGCGCUUAUGCAGCAAGACAUGAGUCAGCCACCACCAGGUUAUCCUCCGGCAUUACCUUAUGCUUCCCAGCCUCCGCAGAGCCUGAGAGUCACUCCACAGUCCUCACUUCAAAAUGUGAAAAGUCCCUUGAUUGACGAGAGGCAGGAUUCCAUGGACUUCCCAAGCUCUGCUCCAACAAGACGGGACAGUAGCAGCGUCGAGAUAGUAAAUUGCGACAACAUUAGGUCUCAAAGUGGUUCACCAGACAGGUAUAGGCGACGUAGUCGUUCUAGAUCUCCCCGUCACAGGGAUAGAGACCGGAAUCGUGAAAGGGAUAAAGACAGAAAAUCUCGUUCAAGGAGUAGGUCUAGGCGCAGGAGAUCACGAUCCAGAGACAGAGAUCGUGAACGAAAACGCGAUGAUAGCCGAGACAAAAUGUCUGAGGAAGAACGGGAAAAACAACGGGAACGUAGAAAAAGAGGCCUCCCACCAAUCGUAAGAGACAAGCUUAGCGUUUGCAGCACAACGUUAUGGGUCGGUCAUUUGUCGAAAUUGGUUCAUCAAGAAGAACUUUCAGAUACGUUUGGAGAAUUGGGAGACAUAGUUAGCAUUGAUUUAAUAUCGCCUAGAGGAUGUGCUUUUAUUUGCAUGAAUAGGAGACAAGACGCUUAUCGAGCUCUUACCAAGCUGAAAAGUCACAAAAUGCAGGGAAAAGCUAUAACGCUUGCUUGGGCACCAGGCAAAGGAGUUAAGGGUAAGGAGUGGAAAGACUACUGGGAAGUUGAGCUUGGUGUCAGUUACAUACCGUGGAAUAAGUUGAACAACGUAACAGAUCAGGAUUUAGAAUUGUUGGAGGAAGGUGGUAUGAUAGACGAAGAUACGCUGCCUCCCAGAUUGAAAGGUAAACUAAAGCAUGCUAUGGCAAAUGCAGAAACGCUACAGCACCAGUUACACCUUCAGCAGCAAACUCUUGCCACUGCAUCUGUAGCGGGGACACCAAUUCCUACUCUAACAGACGGUAUCGUUAAUGUAAUGUCCUCUGCCGAGACCUCUCAGCAACAGCAACAGCAGAUGGUCGAUACCAGUCAACCACCGCCCAUAAGACCGCCCACCAGUGCAUCUUUGCUCGCCCCUCCUAAUUCUCAACUUCAACUGAUGCCUCCAGGCUUUCCCAUCACUGGCGUAACGCGUAUGAUAGGUCCCAUGGGACUUCAAAUGACGCAUGGACUGAUGCCCAACGUACCUAUCGGCGUACCUCCACCAAAUAUGCAGGGACUAAUCGGCCCAGGUAUGAUGCAGACCAUGCUGACACCUCCAGUGAAUUCACCUUUUGGAGCUGGAGUCGGAGUAGGCCUCCUUGCCCAAAUUCCGCUUCCUGCGCCUGCUGCACCCUCCGAUAAACCUAGUGCCACAGGCAUGCCGCACAAUGUUCCGCCCAUGGGAGUGCCUCCUCCGACAUCAGAGGCAAAUUUGGCAAAUCUCCCAAUGCUGAGACAGCCAUUCGGUAUCGGUCCACCGCCGCCGAUGCAGAUGCAAAUGUCACAGCAACAUCACUCGGACGAUAUGGAUGUCGAGAUGGAAAUGGAGGACGAAAUACCGCAAAAUACGAUAAGCAUGCCGAAAGAGAAGCAGCCGAAUUUGAGUGACCAGCUUCUUGCGGCAAUGGGAAAAGCCCAUCUAACCGAAAAUCGGCUUGAAGAUGAUCUCGGCCGAGACAUGAGAGCAGAAAGGAAUAGAGACCGAGAUCGAGACCGCGAUAGAGACAGACGAGACAGAGGGGACCGCGAGAGAAGCGAUCGAGACGAGAGCGCUGAUUCCCGGCGAGAUCGUGGAAGGGGAAGAGACCGAGGACGCGACAGACGAAGAGAUGGUCGAGAGAUGCGCGACAGGGACAGAGAGGAACGCAGAGACCGUGGGGACAGAGAUGGUCGGGAUAGCAUGAGGUCAGACGUGUCUAGCGGUCUUCCAAAUCAAAACAAUACUCACGAAAUGGACGUCGGAGGUUCGAAAAAGGACGCGAAACCGAGUCUAGCGGACAGGCUGCGGCAGUUGGCUGACGGCACCCUUCCUCUCGAUGACAGAAUGGACAGGAAUAACAGAAGUGACAGAACGGAUCGCGACAGAGGCGACAGAUCUUAUGAAGACGUCAUCGUUGGCGGUCGCAGACCGGGCGAUUUACCCCCGUCCUUAAUGGACCUUCCCAAAUUUCCCGUUGGACCUCAAGACAGGCCCGACUUUGGACCUAGAGGACCCGACUUCAGAGGUGUGUCUCAGGAUCCCAGGGAUUAUUCUCAGCGUGGACCUGGUGACCGGGACAGGCCGGGCUUUGGGGGCAGAGGACCGAUUGGACCGCCGCGGGGACCGAUCGACGAUUUUCCCGAUCCCAGAAUGCACGUCGGAAGAUUCAAUGAUGACUUCGAUAGCAGAAUGGGACCCAAUGGUCCGAGAGCCGAUGAUUUUAAUCCCAGAAUGGGACCUGUUAGGGAUGAUUUUGAUCGUCCUGAUAUGCGGGGCCGGCAUCCGAUGGAUGACUACGAGAUGGAACGCUACGAAUACGAAAUAAGGCAGCGUGAGGCUGGCUUUGAUCCCAGAAUGGCUGACGCUUUCAAUCCCAGAGGUCAUCCUGAUCAUCCGGACUUUGAUCCUAGGCGGCGAGACUUUUUCCCAGGGCCCAUGGAUCCGGGCUUUGGACCUCCACCUAUGAUGGGGCCAAGGGGACCUCGUGGACCCAUGGGGCCUGAUGGAUUCGGUCCUAGAGGCCCUGGAAUCGGUCCACCACGUGGUCACGGUCCUCCUAUGUUUCACCCGCGUGGUAUGGGUCCAAGGGGUAUGAGGCCUGGAAUGAGGCCACCUUUCGGGCCUCGAGGACCGCCGUUCGACCCCAGGGAAGCAGAUUCUUUCUUCAGGCCACCGUUUGACGAUCCACGUGGUCCUCCAGGGCCACAUAUUAGGCCACCCUUUGCAGCACUCGGUCCUCCAGCUGGAGGGCCUGACGGUCCUUGGAGAAAUCAAGAAAAUGGUCCACCAGGAUCGUGGCCAUUGGAUGAGGUGGAGAAUGGUCUUGAACAUGGUGGAGAUAUUGGCGAUCUUGAGGAAAAUCACACUAAUCACAGGGACAAUGAGGGAAGAGCAAAGUCUCAGGAUCGUGAGAGUCGUAACAGGAGCAGAAAAUCAAGAUGGGGCAAUGUGAGCCCGCCACCUGCGGAUCAUACUUUCAAUGAGGAGAGAUCAAUAUUCGGUGAAGAGAAUGAUCACGAGAAACAGCCGUCAUCCUCAGCUCCGAUUUUAGAGGAAAUAUUUGAGACUAGCAACGAAAAUUUAAACGACUUUGACGAUUUGCCUGAACAUGGUGCUGAACUAGUUGAAAAUUUAGAAACGCAUGACGCUCCAGAGCGCUGCCAUUCUGUGAAUAACCAGAAAGAAAGCGACAAACAAGAAGUUGUUCACAUAUCUCCUGAAACAGCAAAUGAGUUUGCUAUAGAAUCCAAGAACGAAGAAAUGGAUGGCUCAAGCGAAUCUUUUAAUGCACCUGACGAUCAUAUCGAGUCUUACGAACCUGAGGGAAAAGUCUUCGACCCAGCAGACGAACACGUGAAUGUGAAUAUUGAAAGUGUUGAAAACCAGGCUAUGCCUGAAUCUCAAGAUGAACAAAACGAAGCUAAUGAUCACGUUGCGUCGCCAAAAUCGGAACCAGAGGAGCUGCUGUAGGAAGUUAAUGAAUGACCAAAAAGUACAUUUUUAGCUAAAGAAAGAAAUAAAAAAAAAUCGAUGCACGACAAACAUUAAAAAUAUUGCAGAUUUGAUAUUCACCGAAGUAGAAGAAAUUCAAAGAAAGAAGUCGUUGUGAGCGAAAGGAAGUG